AGGAUCUGUCAGUCAAUGGCCAAUCCCAGAUUGAAGCAGUUCACCUGGAGCAGCGCAUAGAUCGACGAGGCCGGGUUUCGGUGCAGUACUCACCUUACAAUUCACAGUAUACCCAAGGCCAACAGUUCAACGUUCUGGCCAUGAGGACAAGGAUUUUCAUCAUCACUCUCCUGUAUCUGAUGGUGGUGGGUGUUUGCGCCUUGGAAGUCAGCAUUGCACAGGAUGAGUACGAGUAUGCCAGAGGUGACAACGUAACGCUGCCAUGCACAUUCCAAUCCACAUUCACCAAGCCACCACUGGUGGUCGUCACCUGGUCUGUGGAAGGAUUAGAAGCUAAUGCUGAUGAGAAAAUGGUCGCCACUUAUUACUCUGCUGGUGCGUUGACGGACAUCAAAGAAGCCUACAAAAAGCGCGUUUCAAUGGACGUAAACCUGGCUACGGGAAAGGCCGACCUGCGAAUUUCCUCAAUCACACUUGCGGAAAAUAAAGAAUUUGAGUGCCGUGUCCAGAUCCCGGGCGACACGGAAGGCACACUUUUCGACAGUACUCGCUUGGUGGUUCUAGUGGCUCCAUCUACGCCCAUAUGUCAGAUCCAGGGGAAAGCACAAUACGGCCAGAACAUCAACCUGACCUGUCACUCAGAAGAGGGCUCACCACCACCCACCUAUGAGUGGAACAGUAUUAAUGCACGUAAUGUUCCUCAUAUGAAAGACCCGAGGACUACCAGCAAGGGUGGCAUCAUGUCUCUAUUCAACAUCACCAAAGAGACAUCAGGAUACUACACCUGCAUCUCCAGCAACAAGAUCCGCUCUGCCAGCUGCAACCUCACCCUCACAGUCAUGCCACCGUCCAUGAACGUCGGCACCACAGCAGGAAUAAUCGCAGGAGUUGUCGCCGCGCUGAUCAUCCUGGUUGUCGUCAUCUACUUUUGCUGCUGUCGCAAGAAGAAAGAAGAAGAGGAUUAUGAGAUGGGAGUUCAAGAGGAAGCGCGUCCCGACAAAGUGCCUGACAGGAACGGAGCUGAGAGGUCAGUCGAUAGACACAUUGAUGACGAAGACGAGUCCAGCGUGAGGGCGCCUCUUCAGGAGGGGAACCAAGGACGACGCGAACGUGACCAGAGCCCACGCAGGGAUCCCGACGAUCGGCGUAGCGACUACAACGAUCGUCCCAGGGAUUACGACGAUCGCCGCAGCGACGACAACGAUCAUCGCAGGGAUUACGACGAUCGCCGUAGCGAAUACAGUGACCGUCGCAGCGAUUACACCGAUCGGCGCAGCAAUUACACCGACAAGAACGAGGACCACCGUGGGCGCUACGCCGAUGAUGACCGCUACGCCGAUGAUGACCGCUACGUCGAUCGUACAGAUCCCCGCGAUAAGUACGAUGAUCGCUACGACGAUGAGAGAAACAGAGAUCGCCGCUACCGUGAUGACGACCGCUACGAUGAACCUUACGAUGCUCGGGACAGAAGAGACGAAUAAAUCUGACGGGUUCACUGAUAAUCUUUAUUGUAGGAACUGAUUAUGGAUGAGCUCAAAAGGAGGGGGCACUGUCAUUUUUAUCGCCCACUUUCCUGGGCCACGUAAAAUAUCGACAACUAGAAAUAACUCAUGACAUCCAACUUGUAACAUUCAUUCUUUGCAACUACUCAAGUUAGGGUGGAAAGUUGUGCAGUUCUAUGAAAAUUUCAAUGGGAAUUUGAGAUGGGGGAUUUUGGAAAUGAGCCCUGUUGUGAACGAGAAUCUGCAAGUAAUUGAUGGCCUAAGCAAUGUUUUUUGUAUAGAUGCAACUCAACUCACUUCAACAUACGGUACUACUUCGUUGACACCAAGUUGCCACAAGAUGGAGGCAAAUUACUCUUUGUUCAAUGCAAACAUUUCAAUUAAUUGGAUUUGAGGGAUUUACUGGUAAUCUUGGUGUCAAGGAACUAUGAAGAGUUCAGAAUGCUUUGCGGCAGUCUUGCUUCAUUUUAGUGUCAAGGAACUGCCCCUUUUUCCUUUAAGUGUAGCUCUGUGUGGUCUACCUCUACUUCUUGUAAAUUCUCUUGUCUAUGGCUUUCUCUUUCAUUUCCAUCCUUUUAUAGAGUGCUUUUCCUCAUAGGUUCACGGGUGCACUUAAUAUUGCAUAUGGAAGCUUUUGGGUAGUUAAAUCAAAUCGUAGCUGAAAAACAUUGAACAAAACGUAUUAAAUAUGUAACAUACCUUAAUAACCUCUCUGGGUUAUUUGACUUAAUUUAAUUUUUAUUUUACUGUAUUGCGAUAAUUGCUCCUUGCCAAACUUUGUCUGUUGGCCUAUGUUUUUAUGAAAAUAAACGUUUUAUAGUUCA